AUGGGCGGUGCCAUCGUUCUCGAGAGCGAAGAAGGCAGAGGGUCUACCUUUACAUUGCGCAUACCGUUGACAUUCGUCAAGCAGGCGCCUCCUAGUACCCUAUUUUCAAGCUCUCCGGGAUCAAGAACACCAAGUGUUUUGUCGUUGGAGGAACUCUCUCACGCUACGAGGACUCCGUCUAACCAUGGGUCUCUCAGGAGUGAGCAAGUUGCCCCUGGUUUUGAAAAAUCCGACAUUCAACCUCGAUUAGUUGGUCUGAGCCAGCCAUUUUUCACCCCAACGAUCCCUUCCUCGCCUUCGUCAUCUCCUUCAAAACAUCUUAUGCCGAGCAACGGACAGGUGCAAGAGGACGGCCCAAAGAAAAUUCGCGUCUUGGUCGCCGAGGACAAUAGUGUCAAUCAAGAAGUGGUUCGACGGUACGACUUACCGAAUCCUACUUUGAAUAUGCGAAUACUAACUUGUCAUAGAAUGCUUGCCCUUGAAGAAGUUUACGAUGUGACAAUGGUCAAGGACGGCCAGGAGGCAUUUGACACGGUCAAGGCAAAUAUGGAAAAGGGCCAAGUCUUUGACCUUAUCUUUAUGGAUAUUCAGGUAUCUAUAUGA